UCCUCCCAGACCACCUCCUGCUGGCCCGUAACCGUAUCCGGGCCCUCCAUGAUGGGGCCUUCUCUGGCUUCGAGGGCCUGAGAAGUCUGGACCUGCAGCAGAACCGGAUCUAAGUGUUGGAGGGAGGUGCGUUCCUGGGCCUGACCCGCCUCACCACCCUCCUGCUGCAGCACAACCAUCUGGGCACACUCAGCGAGGAGGCGCUCAUCCUCAUGCCAGCCCUUCGCUACCUGCGUCUCCAUUACAACACCUGGAGUUGCCGCUGCACACUCGAAAGUCUGGUUCGCACCCUGCAGGUGCCCAGCCACCGUAACCUGGGGAACCACGCCAGGUGGGUAGGACUGGAACGUGUCACAGGGUUCAACAGAUGUGUCCCAAGUGACAUCUGGGGUAUUGGUAGAAAUUAGUGCACUAUACUUCAUAUAACAGACAACAGAAAUCUGUGUUCUCAUUUUUGAAGUUUCUAUAGCACCUUCCUGUUUCAAAAUAUUUUCUCUAUUACCUACUGAACAUCACCCAGGUGUGUAGAGCCGGUUGGGCUGAGGGGCAAGGAAGCUGAGACAGGUGGACCCAGAGCUGCUGUGUCUGGAGUCGGAGCCCCCCAGCGCACCCCCGGACCCCCAAGGGGAGGACCAGAGGGACUCCACAGACCCUCUUCAGCCCAGCCCCAUUAGAUGCAAGCCUGACGCCACCACCUCCUGCCAUAACUACCUGUUCCCCACACCCCGACUGGACUGCAAGAGCAAAGGUCAGGUCACAAAC